AGGAGUGGGAAUAAUUUCAUGAUUUGUCAUGUCAUCAAUUAUUUAAACCUCAAAGCUUCAUCAGAUUCGAUACGUGUAUGCGUGUGUCAUCAUUCUCGUUCAUUAACUAUUAUUGCUUAAACACACUUCACAAAAUCCAAAACCACAAGAGAAGCUUUCUUUCUGCAACUCAACUCACGAUCUUUCCAGAACCCCAAUCUCUCUGAUCUGAUCACACCAAAUCGCAUUCCCUCUCUUCCUCCGAAACUGCUCGGAACCAUCGAGCAGUUUCGUUUCAAUUCCGAUUAUGCAGCAUGACCUCAAUUGAGCUCUGAUUCUUCAACCAUGUGGUAUAAUUCAUUCUGGAAAUCCAGAGAUCGUUUCUCCUUGGAUCAACUCAGGUCAGUCACACCUUCAUAUUCGCUUCAAUUCUUAGGUCAUUCAAUAAUUGAUUAUCCUGCUUUCGAUUUUCGAUUUUCGAUUUUCAGGUACUUAACUGACCAAUUGACCAAAACUCAGAUUGUUAAUGAGGUUAACAAGGAUUUUGUUAUUGAGGCACUGAGAUUGAUUGCGGAGUUGAUAAUAUAUGGUGAUCAACAUGACCCGAGUUUUUUCGAAUUUUUCAUGGAAAAGCAAGUCAUGGGCGAGUUCGUGCGGAUUCUAAAACUUAGCAGGACUGUUAGUGUUCCUCUACAGUUGCUGCAAACAGUCAGCAUUAUGGUCCAGAAUCUGAAAAGUGAACAUGCUAUAUAUUACAUGUUUAGUAAUGAGCAUGUGAACUACCUGAUAACGUAUUCGUUUGACUUUCGAAAUGAAGAGCUGUUGUCUUACUACAUAUCCUUUUUAAGAGCAAUAAGUGGAAAACUGAACAGGAAUACAGUUUCGCUGCUUGUGAGGACUCACGAUGAUGAGGUAGUUUCAUUUCCACUGUAUGUCGAGGCCAUACGCUUUGCAUUUCAUGAGGAGAAAAUGGUUCGCAAUGCAGUAAGAGCUGUGACCCUGAAUGUUUAUCAUGUUGGAGAUGACUCUCUUAAUAGAUAUAUAACCAGGGAACCUCACACGGAUUACUUCUCGAACCUGGUUUCAUUUCUUAGGAAGCAGAGCAUGGAUUUAAGUAGACUGGUCUCUACUGCCCUGACAAAUCCAGGCCCAGAUUCAACCUCUACUGUUGUUGAUGCUGUAGAUGAAAUUGAGGAUAAUCUAUACUACCUUAAUGAUGUUGUCUCUGCUGGAAUUCCUGAUGUUGGGAGGAUAAUUACAGACAGUAUUCUGAUGGUUUUGAUAUUUCCAAUUCUUCUUCCUUCCAUGAAGAUUGUGGUUGAUAAGGACAUCCAAAGUGGUGUUGUCACGUCUCUGUACUUACUUUGUUGCAUCCUGAGGAUUGUCAAAAUCAAAGAUUUGGCAAAUACCAUAGCUGCUGCUCUUUGUUAUCCCUCAGAGGCCUUUGCAAAAAGUUCUGGGGGUAAUUUCAAUGGCCAUACAUCUGAUCAUGAUUUCACAUCUGAAUACCAAGUGUCAGAUAAUGAUAAUCUUACCAAGCGUGAUACAAUACACUCAAUGGUUGAUGUUCCACGCUCUUCUAGUUCUUCAGGUUAUCAAACAGAAGGUGUUCUUAUUCCAAAAGAUUCUAGCAGUUCAAAUUUGUCUUUAAGGGAGGUUUUGCUUGCAUAUGUUACAAAAGGAGAUGAUAUCCAUGUUUUGGGCUCUUUAGGCAUGCUUGCAACUCUGCUGCAAACUAAAGAACUUGAUGAAUCAAUGCUAGACGUGCUGGGGAUUCUUCCACAACGCAAACAACACAAGAAACUCUUAUUGCAAGCUUUAGUUGGUGAGGGUUCAGAUGAAGAACAACUGUUUUCUACCAGAAGUAGCUUAACUAGGGAUGGAAUUGGCAGUGUUCUUGAUGUCUAUCAUGAAAAGAUCAAGGAACAGUAUGGGGUCUCUUUUCAGUCUUCUGAUGUGGGAAUAAGCCCUGAAGUACAUAGAUUUCAGGUGAUUGAUGCAUUAGCGAACCUCUUUUGCCGGUCUAAUGUAUCUGCGGCGACACUAUGGGACGGUGGUUGGCUUGUACGCCAGCUGUUUCCUUAUAGCGAGUCAGAAUUCAACAGCCAUCACCUUCAAUUACUGAAAGUUUCUUACAAGAAUUGUUCUUCUGCUCUUGUUGAGGAGGUUAAUGGUAUCUGGCCUGACUUUCUUAUUCCUGUUCUAUGUGAUGAAUGGAGAAAGUGCAAAAGAGCAAUGGAGUCGUCAUCUCCUCGGAAAGAACCGGAUUGCAUGCUUGGGCUACAACGAAAGUUCUCUUCAGAAGACAGCAUUCCACACAGGUCAUCUUUGGCUGCUGGAGAAAGAAUGCACGAGUUGGUGAAGGUAUUUGUACUACAACACCAACUUCAAUUAUUCACUCUUGGUAGAGCUUUACCCGAGCAACCUCCAAUUAAUCCUCCUGGUGAUCUCCCUACAAACUGUCGUGCCCAUACUUCUGGGAUUGCCGCGUCAGGCCCGAAGGCUGGCACUGAAGUUUGCAUUGUUAAUGCCGUGCGUUGUAGAAUAUGCUUUGAGAGGGGUAAAGAGCGACACUUAUGCUUUAUAGCAAUGUCUUUAGGAGUAUCUGGUUGGAUUAUUCUGGCAGAAGAGUUGCCACUGAAGACGUCCUAUGGAGUCAUUCGGGCUGUUGCACCUUUGGCUGGAUGCGAUGAUUGAUGAUGAUCACUCAACAUGGCUACACUUGUGGAUCCGUUCAUCCUCUUUACCAUUUCUAGAUCCUGCCAAAUUCAAUGGUUACGGGAAAAUGAAAAGAAAAGGUUUAGUAGAUGGAAGAUGGACAUUGGCGUUCAGGGAUGAGGAGUCUUGCAAGUCUGCUUUAUCCAUGAUUGCUGAAGAGAUCAAUUUUCUGAGUGAUGAGGUUCAUAGAAGACUAAGGCCUUUGCUCAACCUUGAAACUGCAACAGAUCCAUCAAGCUCGCCUGCAGAUGACACCCCUUUGUAUAAAACACUUCAAAAUCCAUUGUAAGUUCUCUGGCUUGGUGUACAAUAGUAUGUUGUUUGCUCAUAGGGUUGGAAAAUAUUAAGUCUCGCCCCUUUUGUAUAUGCCCCCCAAGAUACAUACCAGAUUUUAGAUUAGUAACUGGUACAGUGUCAUUCUUUUUGACAUUUUGUAUACUAGCCUUCCUUUAUCCGAUGUGUAAGUUUAGCCUUAGUUCUCAUUUUAGCAACUCUAACCUAGGCCCUGAAUCUUUUUUUUCAUAUUGCGAGCAAGCUUUUAAGCAAAUGUAAAUCUGAGGGAACCUCAUCAGGAAAGUUUUUUUCUCCUUUUUCGUGUCCUUGUUUUCUCUUGUUUGUAAUGAAGGUCUUUAUUUUUUAUAAAUUUGUGUUGAUGGUAA